GAAAGAAUGGGUUUCGGUUGUCGCAUAUUCCCUGAUAAUGCCCAAAGCAUGCUAUUUCUCAAUCGCCCUGGAUUGUCGCAUGUUGAACCUAUCGAUCAUGAUACUUCUUAGUUGCUCUACUAACCAGUAGUACUACUAAGCAGCCUCUCCCCUCCAUUUAAGAAGACUAACAAGCCGUUCCCCUCAUUGCCCUCUCUUCCCAGUAAUACCCCCUUGAAGACCAAUAAUAACAUUCAUCGCAAACAAACCACUGAAGAUGCCCACCGAAACAUUCAGUUACGGCGAAGACCACGCCCUUCAAACAGUGACAGUCACUACCUUAUCAGAAGCACUAGACAAAAAAUACUGGAUAAUCUUAAUCCACGGCGGCGCCUGGCGUGACCCAAACAUAGACGCCAUCAAUUUCUCCAACCCCGCCAUAUCCACCCUCACCACCUCUCCAGCAUACGCCCACGUUCUCCCGCACAUCACUGCAUUCGCAUCUAUCUCCUACCGUUUAAGCCCCCAUCCAAGCCACCCCCAGGACCAGUCGAGCAUCAGUCCCCGAGAAUACCGCAGCGCCAAACACCCCGACCAUAUCAAUGACGUGCAAGCGGCCAUAGCCUUCCUGCAGCGCAAAUAUGGCUUCGAAGAGCGGUAUAUACUCGUCGGUCACAGUUGUGGCGCUACGUUGGCGUUCCAGUCGGUGAUGGGCCGGUUUAAGGCUGGGAUAUCGCACGGUCCGUUAGCUGUGGUGGGUUUGGCGGGGAUAUACGGUUUGAGGUUGUUCCGGGAUACUCACAAGGAGAUAUCAGCAUAUCAGGAGAUUGUGGAGGGGGCUUUUGGGGACGAUGAGGCUGCGUGGGAUGCUGUGUCUCCUGCCGUGGCCAAAGGAGCGGAUGGUGUUGAAGGUGGGUGGACGGAAGGGCGUUGGGCGAUUCUGGCGUACUCGCCUGAGGAUUCGCUGGUGGAUGCUUCGCAGCGGGAGGCUAUGGAUGAUACUCUUAAAGGGUGGUGGGCACUGCAGUCUGAGGACAAACUGAGAUGCGCUGCGCUGAUGCCUCUAGGAGGCGAACAUGAUGAGUGCUGGGAGAAGGGAGAAGGGCUCGCGGAGGCUAUUGGUUAUGCUAUUGAGAAGCAAUUGGAGAUAGCCCCAUGAAGAGCCUGAAGAGUCGAAACCACCUGCUUAACGAAGCUUUCCGUUAUGAUGGGUCGACCUGCAAUGAUCCUACAAUGAUGCAGACCGUUCAAAUGAAGUGCAUAUUACGGGAAGGUGGAUUGCAUUGGCAAUUCAUAUUACGUUUCCCCUAAGAUGAAUUAUGGGUUAUGAAACUAGUAAACAUCAGAAGAAAAGAAAUUAGGCCAGCCAUUUUCCAAGCUUCAAACGCCCACCAGUGUUCGUCAUCAUAAAUUCAGAGUACAGAGAACUGAGAGAG